AAUGACAAAUCCCCAAGGCGAUCUGCAAGUCGAUCAAGUAAUAUCUCAAAAGCCAGCAGUCCAACAACUGGGACAGCUCCCAGGAGCCAGUCAAGGUUGUCUGUCUGUCCAUCCACUCAGGACAUCUGCAGGAUCUGUCACUGCGAAGGGGACGAGGAGAGCCCACUCAUCACGCCCUGCCGCUGCACAGGCACCCUACGCUUCGUGCACCAGGCCUGCCUGCACCAGUGGAUCAAGAGCUCUGACACACGCUGCUGUGAGCUGUGCAAAUAUGACUUCAUCAUGGAGACCAAGCUCAAGCCCCUGCGGAAGGUGUACACCAAGGUGAUUCAGUGA